GAAGAAGAAAACGGAUACGAACGAACUGCUUCCAUUUUACGCUUCAGCAUUGUUUCACGUCUUUUAGGAAAAGGUCCAUCUACAAAGAAGCUGGAGAGAUCCUUUCAAGGUCUCACACUUUCGUGCCACCAUGGCGAUGAAAAAUACGAGCCCCGCUUCCCUGACCAACAGCUCCAGCUCACAGCGCGUGCUUGCACGGGGGUCGAACCCCAGCGCCCGUCCCGCAAGACAGCAUUCGAAGCGCAAGCACAAACACAAAUCUUCAAAGUCGCGCUCCGACAAGGGCGCCAAGAGGACGAAGUUUUUCUCGCCCCAUAUGUCUCAAGGUCGGCGGCACCGACGGCGGCCCUCCUCGGCCACUUCCGCCUCUCAAUUGCAGUUCUGCCCGCACAGACAGGGCAGCCAGUUUCCGACGGGCCGCCAUCCCGGCGUCUCCCGAAACCAUCCUCUCCUGGUGCCAAGCCUCUCUUCCUUCUACCCUCCGGGCGCCGCUCCGCUGGCCCCCGGCACCCCCGUCAGCAUACCGGGUUUACCACCGCUCAUCGCCGGCAACCCCGUUCCGCUGCCGCCGGGUUUCUUCCCGCCUUUCAUGGGCCUAGCGCCUCCCUCCGGCUUCGGCGGUCCCAUGAUGGUCGGCGGCGGCGGCGGCGGUGGAGCACAGCAGCCCAUCGUUCUGCCGUUUCCCAUCCCGAUGCCGAUGCCCAUGCCUACGUCGGGAGGAUCUCACCCGCCAAUCGUGAUUCCAGCUCCUCCGUCGCCGCCGUCGUAUCCUCCUCCGUAUCCAUCACCGAUGCCGUACCCGGUUUCGGCGCCAGCUGCGCAAGGCGGCGGAGGAGGCUCGGACACCAUGGCGCUCAUGAUGAUGAUGAAGUCCAUGCAGCAGGAGCGCCAGGCCGCCGCCCAGGAACGCGAGCGAGACGAGGAGCGACAUCAGGAGGAGAAGAGGGAGGCGGAGAAGCGCCAGCACAAGAAGGAAAAGGAGGAGGAGAAAAAGAGGAGGAAGAAGGAGAAGGAGGAAGAGCGCAAGCGCAAGAAGGAGGAGAGAGAGAAGGCGCUGGAAGAGCGCAAGAAGGAGAUCGAGCGGAUGCAGGAGGAGAACCGGCGCCAGAUCGAGGAGGCCCAGAAGGCGGUGGAAGAAGCCGCCGCCAAGAAGAAGGCCGAGAAAGCAGAGGCGAUGGCCAAGAAGGCCGCCGAGCAGGAAGAGGCCAAGAAGAAGAAGGAAGAGGAAGAGAAGGCAAAGCAGGAAGCGGAAGCGGCCGCUGCGGCUGCAGACGCGGAGAAAGAAGCCGCUUCAGCGGCUGAAACACACCACAAGUCCGCGGGUGAAGAGCGCCCUCUACUCGGUAUCGAAGGUCCACCGGAUCCUAUGCCCUACUACGCUCCGCCCACCAACUUGCCUGCCUUUGACCCGGGCGCAGACAUAAAUCCUGCACUGCAGAUAACCGAGCCUAGGAGUACCGGACGCCUGCUCUGCUUCAUCGUGCUCUUCCUCAUCGUAUUCUUGGCCAUCGUCGUUGCGCUGCUGUACUUCUUUGCUCCUCACUUGCUACCUUUCUUGGGAACUGGCGACGCGACGACAGCAGCGGGAGCUAUCGAAACACAUUCUGAAAGCUUGGCCCGAGGCGAAGUCAUCAACGUCGAGAACCCUCCGAUAAAGCGCGGCAAGGGAGCUCCGGGGGCGCCGGUGACAACGCUCAGUUCUUCGGCGCGCGCUUUGACGGCGAAUGCCGGCAGUUCAACUCGAGCGCGUACGGAAUCGACGGCAGCGCCCCUAGACGCUAACACGCUCGAAAUAGCCCUCAACGACCGGCAGUGGCCGGGCGCCCCUUACUGGGACGACGGCCGACUGACCGACUCGGCCACCGCAUCUUCUGCACAGCCCAAGCGCACACCGGACAGCACGCCCUUCCCGUCGGCCUUCCCUCCUCCUGGCGCUGCAAGUAGCAACGGCGUCGUCCCCGCGAAAGACCCACGCGCAGCCAGUUCUAGGCGUCCGAGAUGGCGGCCCGAACUGGGCAAUCAAAGCGACAGCGCCGUGCUAUCCGCGACCGCGUUGGCCCACGAUGCCUUCCUGGACCAGGGCUACCGACAGAACCUGAAGGCGCGUCUCUUCUCGGAAGACAACGACGGCGCCGACAAGAAGGCUGCCUCCCGGAAGCGCCCGACGUUCGACUACGACGACAUUUGGAACGAGGACGGCGGCGACGAGAAAGCGGCCACGAUGUUCACGUUCGAAGGCAUCACGAAGUCCGCCAUCCGGGAGUUGCUGGAGAGCGUUCAACGCGGUCAGCGUCACGUCAGUGGCGUAACGCAGAGUCGCGUCUCGCUGAGGCAUUCGCAAGUGACCCGAGGAGAAGCAGCGUCUGUAAAUGCAGAUGAAAGCGCGGACCCGAUGAAUGAUGAGUUCACGACCGAAAGCGAAACGCCGCGUGCGGGUGGUGUUACGCUUGAAGAUUUCAAGAUAUAUACCAUCACACGCGUCAAUCCCUUCAGAGGAGCGUUCGAAAAGGCGUUUAAGGAGUUGAAAAAUGGAAGAACGAGGCCUGUGAAAUAGGUCCAUGCUGCAGCUGCACUAGUAAAGGAAUGCCAUGGGCACUCAAUUUCACAUCUUCAGAAAAGGAGGUGAACUGCGAAUCAUACGGUUUCUUUAGGGCGCCUUCUUAUUGCACUGCUUUGCUUUGUGCGUGUUUAUCGACUGCCGCCGCAUACUGACCAUCAUUAAGCUUUUCUUUCUUCCGUUUUGCUAUACUUUCCCUCUUUAAGUGUAUUUUCAUGCGUUGCCAUCAACAACUCCGAUAUUGAUUUAAUGUUAUGCUAGCAAAGUGAAUAAAAUGUUACGGUGGAAA